GGAGGAAGAGAAAGAGGAGGAGGGCGAGGGCGGUUGAGCCGGGGCCUCGCGAGCGGCUCCGCCGGGGCCGCACCGGUCCCUCAAGCGAAGGUCCGUGGCGGGAAGUAACGCCACGGGCGGAGCCGCAUGAGCUAAGGACCGUUGGCCAGAGGGAAGUGAAAAGUGCUGAGGCGAGGCCCGGAACGGUGUGCCGGUGUCCCGGGGUGGCCCCUGACCGGAAUCUCGCCGCCCAACCCCUCCUGAAAGGUUUGACCCCGCCACAGGUUCGCCCCAUGUCAGCCAUCGGCGAGCACUGGCCCAGCACUCCCAGCCUGACGGGCAGCCCGGCUCCUGGCCGCGGGCCCUUUGUGCUGGCCCUGCAGUGGUGUGGAAGGACAGCAAGAUCAACGUGCUGCUCUCCUACCUGAGCUGGGCUUGGUGCCGGUGAUAGCCCAGCGAGUGGAACAGCAGUCUCCAUGCAGCCGCCCCAGAAGAUGGAAGAGGAAAGAAUGCUGUGCAAGUGCUUUAAAGUGGAAGACCUUACCAUUUCCAGGGAGGAGAGGAUUGAAGGUGAUUUGAAGAUGUUUUGGACACAACUGGGAAGUAGAAGAGUGGACGUCAUAUUUGAGCAGGUGCAAAACGUGCUGCUGUUGCUAAAGCAAAAGAUCAAGAAUGGAACUGCUACAAACCAAGAAUACUGGCAGGCUUGGGCGCUGGUGAAUGAAGCUAAUCUAGGUGAUCUCUUAACCGUCACAAAUGUAAGUGACGUGUUUGAUGGAGAUAGCAUACAGGAAACCAAACCCAAAUUGCAGCGUCUUCUUGCAAAUGACAACACUGCAAACUCCGUAGAAGGUUCUCACAGCAAAAGGAAAGAGGUGGAAAGAACAAGUUCAGCGUGUAAAGAAGCAUCUAGUAAAAUUCAAGAUUUACCUUUAAACCUGCAGUAUCAGAACCACAAGUGCUCUAGUGCAUGUCUUGCCAACAGAUCAGUGGGUUCCUACAAGGGUGAAAAUCCUCUUAAGAUACCAAUCCUGUUUCACUUUCAAAGACGCCAUGCAAAAGCAGACUGCCUUUCAAAAUCACUGGAUGUGAAUUAUAAAGCUCCUUGUGGUCGAAGUCUGAGAAACUUCCAAGAUGUGAAAAAUUAUUUGUUUGAAACAGAGUGCAAUUUCUUAUUCGUUGAUCACUUCUCCUUCAACACAUACGUACUGUUGGGCAGGAACACUGUAAAUCCUGAACCCCUCGUGUUUGAUUCUGAUAUUAGCAAUGGAGCCGAGUCCAUGCCCAUUUCCUUCUGUAAUGACCUUGACCGCGCGAGGUUACCUUAUUUCAAAUAUAGGAGGGCAUCCUGGCCACGUGGAUAUUAUCUCAACAAUUUCUCCAGCAUGUUUGUUGAUUCAUGUGACUGCACGGAUGGUUGCAUUGAUAGGUCAAAAUGUGCGUGCCUACAGCUAACUGCAAGAGGCUGUAGUAAAAUUUCUCUGUCUCCAAGUAUUAAAACGUCCCGUGGAUACAGUUACAAAAGACUGGAGGGACCUGUUCCUAGUGGAAUUUAUGAGUGUAGUGUGUUGUGCAGGUGUGACAAGAUGAUGUGUCAGAACAGAGUUGUACAGCAUGGCAUUCAAGUCAGGUUGCAAGUGUUCAACACGGAGAAGAAAGGCUGGGGAGUGCGCUGCCUAGAUGAUAUCGACAAGGGGACGUUUGUUUGUACUUACUCAGGCAGAUUGAUGAGCAGAGCUGAAGUUCAAGUAUUGGGAGAUACUGGUCAAGAGCUAAAAGAGAAGAAUGCUGUGAAUGACAGAGGCCAUGGAUUUCUUUUCAAAAAAAGAAAACUUGACACUGAUUGUUCAGACUCUGUGAUUGAACUGGUGCAGACUGGCAAAAAUGACAUUCUUGAGAAGCAGGAAUCUUUGUCUCCGACUGUGGAUAAUGAAAGUAAAACAACCUUGGUUCAUCCAAGGAAUUUAAGUAUUGCAACUGUGAGAAGGCCUGGAACUAGAACGAUUGUUUUUCAUAAACACCAGCUAAAAAUGGAAAUUGAUACGUGGGUGCACAGCGCCAGCUCAGAUGAAGAUUGUGGUUCUCAGAUUCAUCAGUCGAGCAAAACAAAACUAACCAGUGGAACAAAGAAAGGAAAAGAAAAAUCCACUCAGCAGCAGAAAGAAAAACAUCCGAUGGAAAUUGGACAGACUGAGCCCGCUGAUGUGGACAGUGCAGAAUGCAAGAGUCUGUCUCUGCAGGGUGUUGACUGUGGCAAGUUGGGUGUGCUGGAUGACACGUGUGUUGUGAGGCCAUCCCAAAAUGUACCACUAAGAGCUGACUGCAAAGAGGAAAAGCACAGGCAGGCAAAACAAGACACAUUUUGUGAGGAGACUGAUGGUGACAGCACACUUCGGAAGAAUGCGAAUGAAAAGAUUUAUGUACUGGAUGCCACAAAAGAAGGAAAUGUGGGUCGUUUUCUUAACCACAGCUGCUGCCCAAAUCUCUUUGCACAGAGUGUGUUUGUAGAGACUCACAACAGAAGUUUCCCAUGGGUGGCAUUCUUCACAAACAGGCAUGUGAAAGCUGGAACCGAGCUCACGUGGGAUUAUGGUUAUGAAGCUGGAAGCAUGCCAGAGACAGAGAUUUCCUGUCAGUGUGGAGUUCAGAAGUGCAGGAAAAAAACCCUAUAGGCAGAGCUUUCCUACUGUCAACACUUCAUGUACCUGGAGAUUUACCUGGAAGUGACUGCUACACAGUGAAUAGUCCACUUAAGUCUGUGGUGCUAAUUACAUUCAACUAAAAUGCCUUUAACAUGAUUGUCUUUUAAAUUUACAUGUAAAUGUUACAUUUGUAGCCUGCAGAAUUAGAACUGUUUGUCAUAAGAGCAGGCAUCAAACUUUUCCUAGAUAAUUUCUGUGCUCCUAGUCUUUACCCCUGCCUUUUCUCAUUCGCAAGCACAGUCCACGGUGCACUGGAAGAACUUCUGCUUCUGUGCCAUCUGCAGCAGAGACAUGACUGAUGCAGAGCAAUGGGUAGUUGAUGUUUUCUGUGUCCUUCCACGAUGCUGAGGUAGCAAAACUGAGCUUUCUGAAACUCAUUACGAAUGCAAGUCUGCCUGUUUGGGGGCUAAGAAUUAUUAAAAUAUAACUAAGCCUGAUGGAUCCAGUGGGACAGAUAGUCUUGAGCAGAAAUUAGAUUAAUCAGAACAGUUUUGCAGAGCUGUGUUUGUGCUACAAAGUGAGCUGGGCAAGUCCUGCUGCUGCAGGAGAGAAAUUACUGUUUUUUGUCGGGUUGCAUCCCCCUCCACGUUUGCGACACACCAAGUGAUCCUUGAGAAAGCAAGCGUGCCUCGUUUCAGUGCCAUACUGUGAGGUGUGGGACAGGUGGGCCACAAGUCCUUGCUGUGUGAUUUGCUGGUAAGAGGUAAACAAGCUACAUUAGAUGACACUGAGUGCAGAUGCAGGAGGCAGCUCUGAAAUGGAGCAAGGGAUGGGUGUACACGUGUGUGGCUUUUGAAUAUGCUGGAGCCUUGUGCAAAGAAGGUGGUGUCACCGAGAGACAACUUAGACCACUUGAAGAACCACCACCAAAAGUAUCAGCAAACGCAGCUUUAUUGAAGUAAGAUGUUGUGAAAGCGAGACCUAAAGUUCGAUGGCAAGGUUCACCCUACUACUUACUGCAGAAGAUGUAAUAAUGAUUCAGAGCUACCAAUAGAAAUUCUUAGUUCACUAUAACACAAGGUUAUGUGCGAUAUCAGUCACUUACCAAAGAUCUGCAGCUGGUAAGAGGUCUCUCAGCCUCGAGGAGUAACCUUGAGAGGCGUCCCAGCUCGAGGGGAGCUCACGGCCUGCAGCCAGCUGCUUAGCAGGGACAGCUCAAAGGUGGCUCACACCAACCGUCCUAUUUAUGGAGUAAAGUGCUUGGCUCAGAGUCGCAUUACCUACGAUGGAAAAGGUAAGCAUGAGACUCCUUGUACCCGCAACUUUCUUUGUUCCUUGAUAAAAGAGUCUUGGAAGAA